AUGGUUUAUCUCAAUUUCAUCAAUUUCUAAGAUCAGAAUACAGUGAAGAGAAUAUUGAAUUUUGGUUGAUUUGUGAAUUGUAUAAACAUUUACCACAAGAAGAUCUUGGUGAAGAAUCACAACGAAUUUAUCGUCUUUAUUUAGCACCACAUUCACCACAUGAGGUUAAUUUAGAUUCAGAAACUCGUAAUCAAACAAUCGCUAGUAUAUUAAAUCCAACUAGUGAAACAUUUGUUCUAGCACAACAAACCAUUCAAGGAUUAAUGAAUAAAGACUCGUAUCAACGAUUUUUACGUUCUACAUUUUAUUGUGACUUGAAACAACUUGUAUGGAAUACAUAUCCACAAUGUGAACAAUCGCCUACAAGUAUCUUAUCAACUUAUCAUUCAGAUCAAUGUUAUUUAUCAAAUAAUCCAGCGGUGGAGAAUAAUACAUCUAGUUUGUUUACUGAAGAAGAACAUAUGAAG